UAGUCGGCGAACGCAAGCGACGAGCCACAAACAAAAGCGGCGGCAAAACGUCUACAGCAAUCAGUUCACGCGCUGAAAGCGAAACAAAUCAAGUUUUUUGUGUCGGUGUAAAAAAAUUAACAAACCCUCAUUACUCUUUUUUUUUGACAUUUCUUUUUAUUAAUCCGAAAUCGAAUACAAUAAAAAUAUGAGCGGAAAAGCUGAUAUUGCGCUCAUUGGAUUGGCCGUAAUGGGCCAAAAUCUGAUAUUGAAUAUGGACGAGAAGGGCUUUGUGGUGUGUGCAUAUAAUCGCACUGUGUCGAAGGUCACUGAAUUUCUAAACAACGAGGCGAAAGGCACCAAAGUGAUUGGUGCUGACUCAUUGAAGGACAUGGUCGACAAACUGAAAACGCCACGCAAAGUCAUGAUGCUAGUCAAGGCUGGCAGCGCCGUGGACGAUUUCAUACAGCAGCUGGUGCCUUUACUCUCACCUGGUGACGUUAUCAUCGAUGGCGGUAACUCCGAGUAUCAGGAUACAUCGCGUCGCUGCGAUGAAUUGGCCAAACUCGGCCUGCUCUUUGUGGGCUCCGGUGUCAGCGGUGGCGAGGAGGGCGCACGUCACGGUCCAUCCCUAAUGCCCGGCGGACAUGCCGCCGCCUGGCCACUGAUUCAACCCAUCUUCCAGGCGAUCUGCGCCAAGGCCGAUGGUGAACCCUGCUGUGAAUGGGUGGGCGAUGGUGGUGCUGGACACUUUGUGAAGAUGGUGCACAAUGGCAUCGAGUACGGCGACAUGCAACUGAUCUGUGAGGCAUACCACAUCCUGCAAACUUUGGGCUUGACACCUCCCCAAAUGUCCGACGUGUUUGGCAAGUGGAAUGAGGGUGAACUUGAUUCGUUCCUCAUUGAGAUCACACGCGAUAUUCUGAAGUAUAAGGAUCAGAAGGGUUAUCUCUUGGAGCGCAUUCGCGACACAGCCGGACAGAAGGGCACCGGCAAGUGGACAGCAAUUGCUGCCCUCCAGUACGGUGUGCCCGUCACGCUCAUUGGCGAGGCCGUCUUCUCGCGUUGUCUGUCCGCCCUCAAGGAUGAGCGUGUGCAUGCGAAUGGCGUGCUCAAGGGCCCCGGUUGCAAGCCCCGUCUCGCCGAUGCCAACAAGUUCCUCAACGAUAUUAAGAACGCCUUGUACUGUGCCAAGAUCGUCAGCUAUGCCCAAGGAUUUAUGCUGAUGCGUGAGGCGGCGCGUGAGAAUAAGUGGCGCCUGAAUUACGGUGGCAUCGCGUUGAUGUGGCGCGGCGGUUGCAUCAUUCGCAGUGUCUUCUUGGGCAACAUUAAGGAUGCCUACACACGCCAGCCGACGCUCUCAAAUCUGCUGCUCGAUGACUUCUUUAAGCGUGCCAUCGAACAGGGUCAGGAGUCGUGGCGUCAAGUGGUCGCCAAUGCCUUCUGCUGGGGCAUUCCGGUGCCCGCUCUGUCCACCGCCUUGAGUUUCUACGAUGGCUAUCGCACUGCCAAAUUGCCGGCGAAUCUGUUGCAGGCGCAACGCGAUUACUUUGGAGCUCACACCUACGAACUGUUGGGCGAUGAGGGCAAAUUCCAUCAUACCAACUGGACGGGCACCGGUGGCAAUGUCUCUGCGAGCACCUAUCAGGCCUAGGCGAGAAGUUACUUAAGAGGCAACAACGCAUUCCCCCAAAUUCCCCAUUCCCUUCCCACAUGCAUUCCUCCAUGUCAAUUAAUUGGAUUAUCUUCGAUACUAAUUUUAAUGAUAGGCCCUUUUUUUGUUUUUGCCCCGAACGAAAAGUGUAAAACGGGUCUAGCAAUGCUAGUAGACUCAAGCGGGUCUAUUAACUGUGUUUUGUUUGUUACUUUUACUUUAGGGUAGCAGAGUAUAAUAUUACUGAUUAAAAUUCAAUGUAAACAUUAUUAAAUAGAA